UUUUGAGACUAUUAUGGGUAAUGAAUCAAGUUGAUGUCUUUAUUAUUUUAAUCAAUAUCUUUAAUGGAAUGUACCAAAAAUUUGAACUCUCAACACGGGCAGCGGUCAGUCUGCCCGUAUUUAUCCCCAUAUAAACAGCUUUCAUACCUAGAAUUCCGAAAUCUUGGUUUAUUAUCUCUCUCUGUUUCACCUCGAUAGGGUUUUAACAUUUCUAAUUAGGGCUUUUCAAUUUCAAGUGAGCUAAGCUUACACACAACAAGGGUUUUGGGGAUUUUUUUUUCUUCAGUUUCAAAGUCAUGAUUUUGUCAAGGUUUUUGAGUAGUGUUCUGUUCUGCUAAGGUUUAAAGUAGUGACCUUUGUUAGCUUUAACACAUAUAUAUAUAGAGUCUGAUCAUCGUCAUGAUUAUGAUCUCCAAUAUGGGUUUGUUCUAAAGUCUCGAUUUUUACAGAAGAAGAAGCCUCGAAAGUAUAUAUAUAUACACAUAUAUAUAUAUAGUCAUACAUACUAUACAUAGUACAAGCUUGAGUUUUUUCUGUCUUGGGUUUCUCUCUGUUUUUCUUUUCCUUGCUGUAAAACUAGUCAUCUCAAAUGGGUCCUUCUGGAAGAACACGAACAAGAACAAGAACAGCCAGAAAGAGCAGCAGCAGCAAGAGAAAAAGUCAGUUGAUCAAGAAGAGUGUGGUCGAACGACAAGAGAAAGAAGAAACGACAACAAGUUUUAUCCAAUCGUCGCCGUCGUUGUCGUCUUCUUCAAACGACGAGUUGCCGAAAACAGAAGGCAUUGAGUUCGAAGCAGUGGACGACGUCGUUUCGACAAGCGGUUGCUCAACGCCAAAAGGUCAGAGAUAUCGAAUACCAGAUGUGGUGACGUGUCCACCAGCCCCAAAAAAACAAAGGGUUAUCUCCAAUAAUUUCUCCAUUCAAAGAACUCCCAUUGCUUUCUUUGCUCCACCAGAUUUAGAGCUCUUCUUCUGCUUAGCAGUUCGCGGUAUUUCAGUUUAAAUUAAAAUAAAAAAUAAAAAAAAAAUAGUAUAUUAUUACUAUUAAUAAAGUGUGUGACUACUCUUCUUAAUUUAUAUAUAUAUCUAUAUAAAUAUAAUGGUCCAUUUAUGAUGAUGAUGAUGAUGAUGACUUUAAUUAGUCUUUAUUUUGAUUGAUCAAAGUGUUUGAAUGUUUUUCUCAAGAGAGAGAGAAAUUACUACUA